ACGUCUAGUUACGGCCGACCAAUCAGAACGACGUUCUACCUUCAUCCCUCGACCCUAGGGAGUGUCCCGUCACUACCGUCGCAUGUUCAUUGAAUAGCAGUAGUGUAUGUGCGAUGACCGUCACCUGCAUCAGUCGGACGAGUUGUAUAAUCGGUAUUACGUUAUGAAAGCUCACACUUAAAAGUAGUUUCGGUUAGAGAAAGAGUAAAAACGAAAAAAAAAAAAUGGUCGUACAAGAGAACUUGACACCGGUAGAAGGUAAUCGUGCACCUUCUAAGCACGAGAAGAAACACCGAUUAAAACAAAGAUUUGAAGUCGUGAAGAAACUAGGACAGGGCACUUAUGGAAAAGUUCAAUUGGCAAUUAAUAAGGAGACGGAGCAGGAGGUUGCAAUUAAAACAAUAAAAAAAUCUAAAAUUGAAAGUGAGCAAGAUUUAAUAAGAAUAAGAAGAGAAAUCCAAAUAAUGUCAUCAAUUCAACAUCCUCAUAUCAUUCAUAUUUAUGAAGUAUUUGAAAACAAAGAAAAGAUUGUGUUGGUGAUGCAAUAUGCUAGUGGAGGAGAACUAUAUGAUUACUUAAGCCAAAAAAAAAUAUUGAAUGAUGUAGAAGCACGUCGUAUUUUCAGACAAAUUGCAGCAGCUGUAUAUUACUGCCACAAAAAUAAAAUAUGUCAUCGUGAUCUCAAACUAGAAAAUGUUUUAUUAGAUGAAAAAGGAAAUGCAAAGAUUGCUGAUUUUGGAUUGUCCAAUGUAUAUGAUGAAAAACAUCUUUUAGAUACUUUCUGUGGAAGUCCACUGUAUGCAUCACCUGAAAUUGUAAAAGGUGUUCCAUAUUAUGGUCCAGAGGUAGAUUGUUGGAGUAUGGGAGUAAUACUCUAUACCUUAGUAUAUGGUGCCAUGCCUUUUGAUGGAAGCAACUUUAAGAGACUUGUAAAACAAAUUUCAGAAGGAGAUUAUUAUGAACCCACAACAAAGGCUGAGGCAUCUAAUUUAAUUCAUCGUCUUCUAAAUGUAAAUCCAAGUAAAAGAGCAACUAUUAUUGAUAUCUGUUCAGAUAGCUGGGUUAAUGAAGGUUAUGAACAUUCAUUACUUCAAGUUUCAGAAGAUCUAGCUAACUUGACUCCAGUUCGAAUUGAUUUGUUACUAGCCUUAGCACCUGCUUCACCAGAAGAAGGUAAUACGCAGAAUCCUUUGGCAGCUGCAGAUGGUAAAUCAAAGUUACCCAAUGAUGAUGAUGCUGACACAAUUACAGAUAGUUUUACUUUUACUGAUGGAAAAGCUGACAACGAGCAUAAUGCUAGUAUCCCUAAUUUACCAAACUUAGAAGAAGAUGAAGAGUUUUUGCCAGCAAAUGUAGCAGCAGAAUUAGAUGAACAAUGUGCUAAAAGGCAAGCUGAAAGAUCUUUUGAUGGAAGCUUAAUGAAAAUAUCAAGUAUAGCACAUAAAAAUAAAAAACCAAAAAAAUCAACAUCAGUAAAUUUAGAUCAACCAAAAGAAACUGAACUUUCUAAUCAGCAAUCAAAACAAGUUUCACAAGAAGUUGGUAAAGAUCAAAAUAAUAAUGAUAAUAUAAGUGAAACAAGUAAUGAACCUUCUGCAGUAAGUGAGAAAGUAACAGAAAAUGAAAAUAAAACAGUAAAACCUGACAAUGAAGAAAAAAACAAAGCUAAAUCUGUGAAAACCAAUAAAACCAAGGAGAUUACUUCUGAGAACAAAAAUGAAACCAGCAAGAAACCUAUUUCAGGAAAAAAUGAAAAAAAUGAACCAUCAAAAAGAAAACAAAGCAUUGAGUUAAAUAAGACUGAUGAAGAAAAGGUUGCAACACAUGAUGGACGUAAACCUGGAAAAGUAACUAUUCCUAAAUUUUUAGAAUCAGCUGAAACAUCACCUACAAAAAUUGAAAGAAGAACCUCUUUAAAUGAAACACAAUUAGAACAGAAAGCAAAGAAAGAAAAAGUAAAAGAAUCUGAAAAAGAAACAAAAAAGGUUGAAACACCAGACAAUAGUGAAUUGCAUCAAGAAAAUCAAAGUUCAGAGAAUGCAAAUUCGGCUGAAAAAACUUCUGAAAAUGAAGAUAAUUCUAAUAAAUCUGAAGCCAAAAAAGUUGCUGCUAAAGGAAUAUUAAAAAAAAAUAUUGCUAAGGCACGCUUAUUAGAAAAAAGAUUAUCACAACAAAGCUCUGUAGAGUCUAAUGAUCCAUCUUCUCCACCUGUGGAUCAAUCAAACAUAUCACCACCACUAAAUGUAGAAAGUCCAGAUGUAACUAAAGGACCAUCUUUUUUCAAAGUUCCACAGCCAUACUCAAAAACUACAAAAGAAAAACCAAUACAAAGUAAAGCAGAAAUAGUAUUCAGUAAUCAGGAAAAUUCAUCUAAAGAAAAAAAUUCUUCUCAAGCUGAGAAAUCAUUAGUUCAUUUUUCACAAAAUCGUGAAGAAACUGAAUCCAUUUGGGGAACGCCACUUUCACCACCUAUUAAAAAUGAAAAAAAUAAUCAGGCACUUAUUAAACAUUCUGAAUGGAAUAAUAUUUCAUCAGACAUAUGUGAAGAUAACUGGAAACAAGUUGAUGAUGAUAAUUUUGCUUGUGUUAAGCAAGGUCCUACACCAAUAACUCGUAGCUACAAAAAAUUUACCUUUACCAAAGAAGGUACAUGUAUAACAGAAACAGGAAAAAUUUAUACGAAACCAGGAGCUGAUGGAUCAUGGACAAAAGUUGAGAAAAAAACAAAAAUUACUACUUUACCAGGAACUGAUGAAUUUCAAAAAUUUGAACAUGUUCAAGUCCGUGAUGAAUCUUUAUCCAGAUCAGAUAGUCAAAGUUCUUCUGAAUCUAAUGAUAUUUUUGAUGAUAUCUUUGAUAGUUGGACUGGUGAUUCAAUGAUGUGCAACUUUAUGAAAAUUAAAGAUAAUAUGAGAAAAUUUUCAAAAAGACCACUUUUUUGGAGAGAAAGACAUCAUGAUCCUUUUCGACAAUUUAAAACAGAGAGACAGCAAUCAAAAGAAUGGAGCAGGCAGAAUGAUAAAAGAUAUGUUCAAUCCUCUGAAAGAGAAUCAUCAGAUAAUGAAGAUGAAUUUGAUAUUCACUUUGAUGAUAUGCAUCCUGUUGUUUAUGGUUCACAAGGGCUUUGGCAAUUAAUGAUGUCAGUUAAUAAAGAUCUACCUCAUCAUUUAAGAAGUUUCAGGGACCCACCACAAAUGCCUUGUUUUACAAGAUCUGUCAGUCGAAACAGAGGAGCAGCAUUGCUGCAAAAGCAGAAUCAAUAUGGCUCUAGAGGAAGUACAGGAUACAGCACAAGAUCAUUAAGUAGAGAAAGAUCUCAAUCCCCGAGAGAGACUGUUUUAAGAUUUGUUCUUGAGUCUCCACAAAGGCAACAGUCUGUAAAUGUAAGUGAACCAGAUUCACCACAAAAACAAGAGGCUUGGAAUUGUAAAGAUUAUGCUACAAAUGCACAGGAAAGACGAAGUCGUAAAGACAGUGGUGUUGAAAGUUGUACUAGUACAGAUUCAGAUGGUAUAAGACGGCUAUAUUCUAGAGAUGAAACAAGAUACCCAUCAUUCGAUGAUGGUUUUGGUCCUAAAACAUUUCAUCAAUAUGUUAAAUCAAAAAAUUCAGCAGAGAGACAUGGUUCAUUUGAAGAAGAGUAUCCCCAAAGUCCUUUUGAUAAUUUAGCUGACAGCAGACGACAUAGAGUGGAACAAUGGUUACAUAUGACUGACGUACCUGGUUUUGAUAGCCCUUUUGAAGAAUUUGUUAGAUUACAUGAUUUAUCUGCGCAUAAUGAAAAUCCCACAUCAUCCAUAUAUGGAACAAUGAGACCGAGGGAUUAUAUGAGAUACAACCGAUCUAUGAGUGAUAAAUUAACAGAUAUAGAUGCUCCUUUUAAUGAUCAAUUACAGGAACCUCAGCAUUCACAAUCAAACCAAAGCUUGGAGAAACAGAGUAAUAAGUCAUAUCGAAGUGAAAUUUCUGUUGACAGUACAGGAAAAGUUCAAAGUUCAACAGUUAAAACUGUUACAGAAACAAAUUAUCCAGAAAGGAUGCCUAUACAUUCAAACAGUGGAAAUUCAUUUAAUGUAAAAUAUGAUUCAGAUGGAAACAAUGGAAGACCACAAGUUACAUCUAAUCCACAGAAUUAUACCAAAUAUACACGUUCUUACAGUGGGAAUUUGCAGUUUGCUGGACCUCAAGAAGGAGUUACUUCAAGAGGAACAAAUCGUCCUAUUCUUUCAAUGACAGUUUCAUUCAAUAGAGGUAAUCCAGAUGGAUCUGUCAUUGUUCAAUCAAAUACAAGAACACCAGGUAGUACAGGUGGUGUUUGGCAACAACAAGAAUUUACUACGGCGCCAGGAAGAGUAACAAUAAGACGUGAAUUCAGUGAUCCAACAAGUGAAACACCAAAUGUCACUACUAUUCCAGUACAAAGGUUUUAUAGUACACAAGAAUCUAAUAGAUCCAAUGUAGAAAAUCUUGGACAACCUAGAGCUGAUGGUUCAGUUCCCAUCCGGGUUUGGACAACCAAAACAACUCGAAUGAACUGAUGAAAGGGGACACAAUUUCAAAUCUAGUUUUAAGUGCCUUAUAGCUUUAUAAUAAUCUGUGUGAAAAUAUCUUACUGAGAACUUACUAAUGUUUUAACUAGAAAAUAAAUAAUACAGUAAAGUAAAAUCAUAAUGUUUAUAUUUGAAUUCAAGACUUUGUUGAAAAAUAAUAAUAAACAUGUAAAUAUUGAAUUGGUUGGAUUGUAAAAAUAAAUCAAAAGAAAUUUAUAGAUUGGAUGCUAAAUUGAUCAUAGUUGCUUAUAAAUCAAAUCAAAAAUAUUUAUUGUUCUUACAAAUUUUUCUAGUAAUUUCAUAAUUAUAAUUUCUAUUAUCAUUGCAUUUCUUAUUUUUUUUUACUAUUUGAAAAAUCAUUUAAUAAAUUCUAUUGCUCCAACCAAUUAUUAGUCAUGUUUUGUAUGCAUAAAAUUGUUAGGUAUAUUAGCGUUAGCUAGUAAGAAAAGAAAAUAAAAUGUGUACUUAUUGACUAUUUUAGCUUUAUAAUGUCUUAGACUAUAUACAAUUUGAAGCCUUAAAAUCUUGAUUAUAAAAGGCUUUUGAUAUUUCAAAAUAAAUUGUGUACAGUCAAUAUAAAGUUAAAGUUUAAAGUUCUCAAUAAUUUGUUUGAAUUUAAACUUAUAGUAGAACUUUAUUUCUACAAUGUGAUUUAUUCCAAGUCAGUUUCUAAAUACAAUCAAAAAUAUCUUUCAUCUACAAACUGUAUUCGAAGUACCGAUAAUAAAUGUUGGCUUUGCAUUUACAGAAUAUCUGGAAUGCAGAAAAUUCUGCUUUUAUAAACUAAGUAAAUUCAUAAAUUAUGUAAAUUCUGUGAUAAUAAAAUUUAUGCAUAAA